UAUGCCGGCCCAACUUUUCCUGCCCAGUCGGUCCGUUGCACACCAACAACGACGCUUAUCGCGAAGGGAGCACCUGUUGGCCGAGCUUCACUCCGACCUUCGUCAUCGGCUUUGCGGGCCACUUCCCAGAGCCAACAAGCCCUGAGGGAAUUAUCCGCUAUCCGCUGCUGUACGCAUACUACAGGCACGGAGAAGGAAUAUGCGGCGUACGACGUGCCUUUGCAGAAAACGUGGCGAGCCAGGAUCAACAGCCCAAACCUCUUUGGUUUUGUCCCUCUUUUCCUUUUGGCUUCUUGUCCCUUCCUCUGCGUCUCUCGCUUGCUGCUUGCUGCUUUUCUUGAUACUGAACGGGAUGUCAAAUCCGAACAGUCCCCCACAGACCUCGCCUCCCUGCUCCACCUGCUCACCGGCAAUCAACAGCGUCCAUGUCUCGCCCGGUUGUCGCCGGAUCAAGACAGUAAAGAUCAUCUCUCCACCACCCGUCAGAUGUAA